AUGACGACAAAAAGCCCAGAUCUUCAAGCGCAAAUUAGCGCUACACAGAGGAAGAGGCGGGAAGAGAAGACGGGAGGUAGUGGAUCUCUAUUUUUGGACGAAAUAAAACCUGAUUCGGGGCCAGUUUUGGCACACCCGCAACCAAACAGGAAUAAAUACACAGUCGCUAAAUUCUCCAAGGACAUUGACCGUAUAGACCUUGAAGCAAGCCACGAGGAUAAAGCUGAUUCUGAACCGGGUGCAAACGAACACUUGGCUGCCAGACGUAACACUUCACUUCAACAAAAAUCAACUCCCAAACCAAAAGCACCCUCGACUCUGGUCCCUCCUCAAAAGCAAAAUAACCACAAAAUUCCGAGAAAGGCAGUAACGCCAAAACCAGUACUCGGAAGUAAUGUUAGGCAUCCCGGCGAGCUUGAUUAUGGUGAAGUCCUUGCAGCCCAAACAUAUCUCAGCUCCCAGUCUCUCUCAAACGUUGCAACACCCUCGCAGCCUAGAUCACAGCACAAAAUUCCAAAUAUACCAGGAAAGAGACCAAGUCAUCAUGGAGCCCACAACAAUAUAAAGAUAGUUUCCAAUGACAGUCGACCUCCAGACAGAAGGAAUCCUCAGAAUAAAGAAACCAUUGUUCCUAAAACAAGAGGAAAUCCGCGUCUGCCGCCUCGUAUUACGCACACAAAUCACGGAUCCUCCGCUUCUCAACAACAUCCACAAGUGCCACGGCCGAGGGCUGUAGCUAGUCAGCAUUCUCGUCCCACUACCAGUGGUAUGCAAGACUCUAGACAAGUGAGAGCCUUAGCGCCCAGAUCUCAUACAAAUCAGAGGAAUGAUAGUGAGCCUCUAGUGAAUUCCAGCUAUCCUUCUGACAGGUUCGCAUCAUGA